UGGCACUUCUUUCAGUCACGCGAGAAAAAAUCCGAAUUUGUGAUUAAAAAUUCUGUUGUUAAAACUUAAUGUUUAAACUUUAAAGUGUUGUUGUGUUGUUUAUAAAGUGUUUGAGUGUGUAUUUGUGUACUUUGGCUGUGUAGUUGGCUUGUUAUAAGCGAAAAAAUGCAGCAUUUUUUCUGUUCUACAUAAUGUGUUGAUAAAAAAACAACGAUUUUUUGUGACUGCCCAUCACAGAUAACACCAAAAUGAAUCAAAACAUGGUUGAAAUGGAUCCGCUCAGUUCGUACGAAUACCCAGGCUACGAUACGUACAACCCUGCUCCAAUUAUUACCCCAAAUUUAAUUCCCCCUAACAUUAUCCCCCCUAAUAUCAUCCCCCCUAAUAUUAUCCCACCCUACAACUAUGACGUCAAAAUGGAACCUCCACCGAUGACAAACCAUGAAUUCUUCAACAACUUCCUUCAAAAUGUCACCGAAAGCAACGUAAACCAAGAGAAAGUACAUACAAACCUCAACGAAGAACCAAAUAGAAAUAACUUUAGUAAUAAUGUAGCACAAAAUAAUACAGAUAAUGACGUAAAACCUGAUAUUAAGAAAACGAUUAAAAAGGAAAAAUUAAAAGGGAAACGCAGCAGUUAUUGGUCUGAGAAAAUUACGGAUGACAAUUUCCAGUUUUACGGUUGUGCUAUAUGCAAUAUAAGUUACCCAUCGUUAGGUGAGCUAGACCAACACGUUACUAUACACAAAGAUAGAUUAACUAGCUACGAUUUAAAAAUUAAGAAUUUAAUGAAACGGAAGAAACUAAAAAAAGAACAAAAAAAGCUAAAGAAACUCAAAGGAAAGGUAAAAAAGGAAGACAAAGAUUUUGAAAUACCAGAAAUUAAGCCAGAAGAAGGAUAUAUAGGUAACGAAAAGGCAACGGAGUAUAACGGUGAAAAUUCAAAUCAGAACAACGAAAAUCAACCAUCAAAUAGUACGGAUGAUAAGAAAGAUGUGAAAUUGACGACUAACGAAAAUUCAAAUGCAACGGACAAGAAUUUGGAGAAGAUAUACAAAUGUUUCGCGUGUCAAAAACAGUUCACGCUUAGUUAUUAUUUGAAACUUCACGUUAGGUCACAUACAGACGAAAAACCAUACACCUGCUCGGUAUGCGGACAGUCGUUUAUAACAGCAAGCAAACUGGGGAGGCACAACAAAAGAAUUCAUCUGUCCGUCAGAUACCAAUGCAGGAUAUGUUACAGGUUUUUUAAUAGGUUUGAAAAUUUGACCGUGCACUUUGAUAAGAAACACCCGGAUGACAAAUUGGAAGGAGAACCGUAUGACUUCAACGCAAUCCUACCAUACCUGAAAGAGCUAGAAGAACAACUGAGAGAGAAGGCAGAGGCAGAAGCCGAAGCGAAACCGAAGUCCGAGGACAUGUGGGGAGACGUGUUUGAACACAACCAGACAACGGAUAGUGGUCCCAGUGUACUACCUAAGGACGAAGACACCAAACACUUCGACCCUCCCCCUCCCAUCGACGUUCUAAUCGAAGAGGUCAAAGUGGACCCUCCAGACGUCGACAUCAAGCGCGAGUGCGACGACGACGCGCCGGCCGACGACGGCAGCGUCAAGGACGAGAGGUGGGUAGUUAAUUUAGAAUGA